UUACUUCCGGAAGACUGUACAUUAUAGAUGAUUCAGUACUUUGUAAUCACGUGGCAUUCAAUGCGUAAUGCUUUAUCUCUAUUCCUCAUGCGUCAGUCAGUAUAUCAUUUGAAACCGUAGCUUUAAUACUGUCAUUUGUGAGAUAAUUAUUCUCAUAAUACGUUAAUCACGUAGAAUAUUAGAAACUUUUAUAAAAAAUAAUAGUAAUAACAAACAUGAAACAUAGUAACGUCAGUACUAUAUAAAGUGGAUUUUCCAAAAAUAGAAAUUAAUAACAGAAAAUAAAAUGACGGACGGUUCACCAACAACUCAUAUCAACGUUAGAAUAAACAGCACCGUUGACGAGAUUGAUGUCUGUCGUAAUGACGACGACGACGAAGAAAGACUUUUAAAACCUCGAAAUAAUUUCCCUUCUUACUCGAACGAAGAUAUCAAUGUUAGAUUUCGGAACAUUAUUUACAAUGGCGUCUCCAUUUGCAAUAUUAUGGAGAGUCUUUCUAAUCGACAAUCAAGAAGGCUUAAUAAUCAAGAUAUAAAACCAGGAGCUACUAAUUUUCUUUCGAUUAAUUACGAGAGUCUCGAUUAUGAUCCAUGUGAAAACUACCUUCUUCAGGAUGAAGAAAGGAAAAAGGGUUACAAAUUUGUUGUUAAAAAGAAUUUUGCAAGAUGGUUCAUCUUUUUGUUAAUAGGAAUUUGUACUGCUUUUAUAGCAUGUUUUGUAGAUAUUUCAAUAGAACAAUUAUCAAAUAUAAAAUAUGGGUAUCUAAAAACUUAUGUAGAUCACUGUGUGGUUAAUAAUUGUUUAUGGCUACCAUAUAUAUUAUGGUUAAUUUCCAAUCUAAUACCAGUAUUGAUAGGUGCUAUAUUAGUAUCCUAUGUUGAACCUGUCGCAGCUGGUAGUGGCAUUCCACAGGUGAAAUGUUAUUUAAAUGGAAUAAAAGUACCUCGAGUAGUACGAAUUAAAACUUUAGCAGUUAAAAUAAUUGGUGUCAUUUGUACUGUAGUAGGUGGAUUAGCUGGAGGAAAGGAAGGACCAAUGAUACACUCUGGAGCAGUAGUUGCUGCAGGAAUAUCUCAAGGAAAAAGUACAACGUUUAAAAAAGAUUUAGGAAUCUUUAAAUAUUUUAGAGAAGAUCAUGAAAAAAGAGAUUUUGUGUCUGGCGGGGCAGCCAGUGGUGUAUCAGCUGCUUUUGGCGCACCUAUAGGUGGAGUUUUAUUUAGUAUCGAAGAAGGUACUAGUUUCUUUAAUCAAAGUCUUACAUGGAGAACAUUUUUUGCUAGCAUGAUCACCACUUUCACAUUGAACAUUAUUCUUAGUACAUACCAUGGACAUCCUGGUGAUCUUUCUUAUCCAGGUUUACUAAAUUUGGGAAAAUUUGAUUCAAUACCAUACCAAGUUUAUGAAAUUCCUUUAUUUAUGAUAGUCGGAACGAUAGGUGGUAUUCUUGGUGCUUUGUGGAAUCACAUAAAUUACAAAAUUACAUGUUUUCGAUUAAAAUAUAUAACACAAAAAUGGUUGAAAGUAAUAGAAGCUCUUUCAAUUGCAACAAUGAGCGCAACAAUGGGAUUUUUGAUGAUAUAUUUUCUUGAUGAUUGCAAACCAAUUGGACAAGAUCCUACUAAGUUUCCUAUUCAGAUGUAUUGUAAAGAAGGAGAGUACAGUGCAGUUGCUGCUUUAUGGUUUCAAACACCAGAAAGUAGCGUGCGAUCUUUAUUUCAUGAUCCUAAAGGUUCUCACAAUGAUAUAACUUUGGCUAUUUUUAUUAUACUCUAUUUUAUCCUAGCAGUUUUUACAUUUGGAUUAUCUAUGUCUAGUGGACUUUUUAUUCCAUCACUUUUAAUUGGUUCUGCUUGGGGUAGACUUAUUGGAUCAGGAUUAUCAAAAAUAUGUCCAAAUUGUGUGGUAUUGGAUCCUGGAAAAUAUGCUUUGCUAGGAGCUGCUGCACAAUUGGGUGGAAUUGUUAGAAUGACAAUCAGUUUAACUGCAAUUUUAAUUGAAGCAACCCAAGGGAUAUCUUUUGGUUUGCCUGUAAUAAUAGUUCUUAUUAUGGCAAAGUGGGUUGGUGAUUUCUUUAAUGAGGGUAUUUAUGAUAUUCAUAUACAAAUGGCAGGAGUACCGUUAUUACCAUGGGAAGCACCUCCUUUGUCAAAUAAUAUUUAUGCUAGCGAGAUUAUGAGUCAUCCUGUGGUAACUUUAAAAACUGUUGAAAAUGUAGGACACAUUGUGGAACUUUUAAAAUGUAUUUCCUUUAAUGGAUUUCCUGUAGUAGAUCCUCCAAAUAGUGAUCAGAAUGAAAUACAUUCUUAUGGUCGAUUUCGUGGACUAGUGCUACGUUCUCAAUUAAUAGCUCUUUUACAAAACAGAGUAUUUAACGAAUAUGCAGAAUUUUGGGAGUCAACAUUGGAUAUUAAAGUUUUUCGCAAGGAUUAUCCAAGAUAUCCAUCUAUUGAACAAGUUCAUAUUACAGAAGAAGAAAAAACAUAUACAAUUGAUUUAAGACCUAUUAUGAAUCCUUCUCCAUAUACAUUACAACAUUCUGCUACACUGCCACGUGUUUUUAGACUUUUUAGAGCCUUAGGUCUUCGGCAUUUACCUAUUGUAAAUGACACCAAUGAGGUAGUUGGAAUGAUUACACGAAAAGAUGUUGCUAGAUAUAGAAUAUGGAAACAUAGAGGUAGAAUGGGAUUGGAUGAACUUUUAAUUACUGACACUAUAUAAAUUGAUGAAGUUGAAGAAUUUUUUAUGUUGGACGGACGAAAUUACUGUUGGUCAAAUGCUUAAUAAUAUUUUAGACUGUUACAAUAAUUUAUAGAAAAAGUACAAACAUGCCUUUACGAAGUUAACAUAGUUUAAUAAAAAUGACACAAAAAGCAAUCUGCAUAUAUAAAAAUAUGCGAAUCGCUCAAAAUAUGUAUAUGUAUAUAUACAUAUAUAUGUAAAGAAAUAAGAUUUAAUUAUUAACAAAUAAUUCCCAGCCAAGCCAUGACCAUAAUGUAAAAAAUAGAUACACCGGAAUGAUAAUUAAUAAUAAAAGAAAAUAGUAUUCGA